AUAAAAGUAAGCGUGAUCCGUGCCACAUGUCAUGCAUGUAUUCAUGUGAUGUGUAUUCUGGAGUGUGAGACCAGACUGUGACAUCUGAUUUCAUCAUCUAACCGCUAGGGUUUGUUAACUGCAAAAGACGAAUGUUGUCAUUUUUUUCACAUGUAUGGGAAUGAGCUAAGUCUGUAAAAGUCCCCACCACAGAGGUACACAGGUAAAUGGCAGAAACUAACGCAGCAUCUCAGCUGGCCGAUAUGGAGCUGAACGAUGGGACUGCAGACCAGUCUAACAAGGAUGAUCAACAAGUCAUUCAAGAUGACCGAGUAGAUCCUUGGACCGUUGUGGCAUCAUCGGACAGAGGCAUUGAUUAUGACAAACUUAUCAAAAAAUUUGGCAGCUCCAAGAUUGACCAGGCAUUGUUGGAUAGGUUUGAGAAGGUCACAGGUCACGCACCUCACCACCUUAUGAGACGAGGUGUCUUCUUCUCACAUAGGGAAGUACACCAGAUACUAGACCGGUUUGAAGCCAAGAAGCCAUUCUUUCUCUACACUGGCCGAGGACCAUCGAGCGGCUCAAUGCAUGUUGGACAUCUCAUUCCAUUUGUCUUCACUAAGUGGUUGCAGGAGGUGUUUGAUGUGCCUCUUGUCAUCCAACUGACUGACGAUGAAAAGUUCCUGUGGAAGGACUUAAAGGCCGAGGAGGCAUUGAAGCUAUCCAAGGAAAAUGCCAAGGAGAUCAUCUCACUAGGAUUCAACGUCGAGAAGACCUUCAUAUUCUCAAAUAUGGAGUAUAUUGGUUCCUCCCCACCUUUCUACCAGAAUAUGAUCAAGAUACAGAAGUGCAUCACGUUCAACCAAGUCAAAGGUAUAUUCGGCUUCACGGAUAGCGAUUGUAUUGGCAAAAUCAGUUUCCCAGCCAUCCAAGCUGCUCCAUCGUUCUCCAGUUCCUUCCCUCAGAUCUUUGGCAACAAGAAAGACAUCCCUUGCCUCAUUCCGUGUGCAAUUGACCAAGAUCCUUAUUUCCGAAUGACCCGUGAUGUUGCGCCUCGUCUGGGCUUCCCAAAGCCUGCUCUCAUCCACUCAACGUUCUUCCCUGCACUUCAAGGAGCUCAGACAAAGAUGAGUGCCAGUGAUCCUAACUCCUCCAUCUACUUGACCGACACACCCAAGCAAAUUAAAACGAAGAUCAACAAGUAUGCCUUCUCAGGGGGAGGAGCUUCAGUUGAAGAGCACCGUGAGAAGGGGGGCAACUGCGAAGUUGACAUCUCCUAUCAGUACUUGUCAUUCCUUAUGGAAGACGAUGCCCGCCUUGAGCAGAUCAGACAGGAUUACACGAGUGGCAAGCUACUUACAGGCGAGUUGAAGAAGGAACUGAUUGUGAUACUGCAGAAGCUGAUAGGUGAUAUUCAGGAAAACAGGAAGAAAGUCACAGAUGACGUUGUCAGUAGCUUCAUGCGAGUACGGAAACUUAAGUACAACUAUUAACUUUAAUAGGAAAAACACAAUGAAAUAAUUUACACAAAACCAUUCAUCUGUGUCAGAUUGUAGGAAACUGUCUUGUCAUCUCAUUUUUGAAGAAAUGUCAUGCAGCUUCUGUCAGUGUAGUUUAAGUAAAUCAAGGGUUUCCAGUGUACAUGAUAUCCAAAAGAAUGAAUCUAUAAGUAACUGACAUUUCUGUACCACCUUUUUUUGUGUAAAUGUUCGAAGCCAUUUAGCGUGCAUUAAAUCAUGUAUACCAGCGACAUUAAUCUCUAGAUGUUAUUGCAGUAAGUUGUCUUGCUCGACUGCACCGAUAUAUUUUUCACCUGUCCGGUGACUGGUUGACCUUCUGCAGCCAAGCUUUAAGCCAGCAUGUGAAAAAUUAGAUGACCGUAUUGCCUUAAAGUGUGGCAUUGCAGGGAAUUCAAAAUGCUGAGAUGUUUUUUUUUUUAUAUUUUUUUGUGUAAUGAAAUAAGGCAUCAAAAACAGGAUGUGCAAAGACAGACACUCCUCUGGCAGAAACACUGUCGUCAACUGCUUAGCCAUGGUUCCCAAUCUUACUUGUUGAACAAGUUGGUCUCAGUUGUUGGACACCUGAGAUUUAUUGAAAGCAGCAAAUAUUCUUAACCCCAUAUGUAUUACUGCCUUGCAUAUUAGACAAUUUUUAUCACUUUUUGUGCAGCAAACGUUCACACAAGUGUUCAUACACUUCACAGUGAAGUUAAUGUUGAUAAUUGACAAUGUUUAAUGAAUGACAGUACACAUGAUUCAACUGUGCUCAUUUGUGAUUGAGGUUUAGGUGCUUUGGAAUGUGUGGUUGACUGCGUUAUUUAUACUUUCUUUCUAAAAAAUAUCUUAACCCUUCUGAAUAAAGUUUUAUUUUAAUAAUGCCAUGUAAAGCAACUGAGGGAAGUGCAAACGUUUUUAAUUACCAAAAGCAGCAGGGAAUUUGAUUCAUAGAAAUUGCCUGUUGAUAUUGCAGUAAUUUUUCCCGGGGGGGGUGGAACUCGUGAGAGGAUAAACUUGGCAUUUCUUAAACUUAAAAUUUAUUGGCACUUUAAUUUCUGGUUGUGUUGGAACAGGGUUCAGACAGCUGUCUCUGAUUUACAGAGAGUAGAUUUUGUAAAUUUAUGAAAAGUUAUUUAGGGAAAUGACUGAGAUUCUUGGGCCACAAAUUUGCCAGGACAAAAACUUUUUGUUGUAAAAACUGGUUACCAGUCAAACAGUUCUUUUUAGGAUUCUUAUGUUAUUUUUCUUUUGGGGGGGCUGAUCAUUUUUUCCAUUUUUUGCACUUUUAUGAAAUUCAGUGUCAGUUUUGUGGUAUACCAGAAUAGUACUUCAGGUGCAUACAUAUACGUCCUUGUACUAAAGGUCUGUAUUUCAUAGAACCUACUCUGCAGAAUUGUCUGGGUUGAAACCUGAUGGGAGCCACUUCAAUUGGUAUUAUGUGAGUAUGACUUGGAGGUACAGUGAGGAAGUGUAUAGAUUGGAUGUUGUUGACUUAACAGUUUCAGUUUUGCUUUUUUUAGUCUUAUUUUCAAAUCAUUAAACAACACUGUAUAUUUCGAACACCCUAUCCAUUGAUUUACCACGUCUGUGGUAUGACCACCUUUCCAUGGGUUCAAAUGGAAUGGGAUUUUGAAUAAAUUCAUGUACCAUGUAUAAAUAAAUGAAAACAAUUUGAAUAAACCACACACUUGUACAACAUAUUUUGACAUACUGGA